AUGGGUAUGCAGAUAGUUCCGGUGCCCCUACAUAGAAUGAGCAUUGUCUGUGGGUUGGUUAGUGGAGAGGUGGUGGUGGGAGUGCGGCCUGAGUUACCAGUGGAAGGGGUCGAUGUAGUACUUGGAAAUGAUUUGGCGGGGAAUAAAGUGUGGGCUGAGGCUAUAGCUCCAAAUGUGGUUAACCAGGUCCCAGUCUCGUCUUACCCAAGUAAACAAGAGGGAAAAACAGAGGUUUUUCCGGCAUGCGCAGUAACCCAUGCUAAGAAGAAAAAAGUGAAAGGCCUGGGUAAAGAAAUCACCCUCCUCAUGCAGACCCUCAACACACUGAGCACCCCCGAGGAAAAGCUUGGAGGCCUUUGCACGAAGUACGCCGAACUGUUGGAAGAGAACCGUAACACUCAGAAGCAGAUGAAGGUGCUGCAGAAGAAGCAGAACCAGCUGGUCCAGGAGAAAGACAACCUGAGGAACGAGCACAGCAAGGCCAUCCUGGCCCGCAGCAAGCUGGAAAGCUUCUCCAGGGAGCUGCAAAGACACAACCGGACACUCAAGGAGGAAGGAAUCCAAAGAACGCGGCUGGAGGAGGAGAAGAGGAAGGAGGUGGCUUCUCAUUUCCAGGUGACGCUGAGCGACAUCCAGAGUCAGAUGGAGCAGCACAACGAGAGAAACGCCAGCCUUCGACAAGAGAACGCAGACCUGGCAGAAAAACUCAAGAAACUCUACGAACAGUACAAACUGCGCGAGGAGCACAUCGACAAAGUGGUGAAGCAUAAAGACCUGCAGCAACAGCUGGUGGAUGCAAAGCUGUAUCAGGUGCAGGAGGAGGAGACCAGCCUGCAUGGGUGUGCCUAG